AUGGCGUUUCCCCUAGCGACCUCAUUUUCGCCUACAUUCGAGGACGUGCCGUCUCCCAGGUACAUGCCGUCUCCUCCGAGCUCGCCAGCCACUCCGCCUGGUGCAGGGGACGAGCAGGGCAAGAAAGACGACAAGGACCGACGCCUGCUGCUGCACCAGAACCCGUCGUAUCAGGAGAAUCUACGGAUUCGCCAGCGCAACCUGCUCAGCACGCUGGAUCAUCUAGAUGCCAAGCUGGAGCCGUUGCUGGAUGUCGAUACGGGCAAGGCGAUUCCUGGGUUCCCCGAGACGCUGCGGGAUAUUGACAAGCUGGGGUACGACGAGGGGGUGAGGAUUUUAAAGGCAGUGGGCGAAUCAGAUGUCCAUGGCGAUGAAUACGACGUUCUGUACCAUGUGCGACGAUGGGCUGCGACGAGGCCGACUGAGAACGAGAUGCCAGGCGAGGGGGAGGGGAGUCCGGAGGGUAAGAAGACGACGAUGUAG